UUUUUUUUUGAAAUACAAGAAAAUAUUUGAUAUCUCUCUUUGUGGUAGUGUGUGUGUAUUUUGUUUCGCUCUCCUUCUAAAUUACAUUUUCUCCUCUUCUCGUGUCGCAACUGUGAACUGUGUGUAGAGAGAAGAAACAAAAACAAUCGGAAAAUUAUUAUCUCACUUUUGAGUGGAAUUCAUAAGAAGCUAAGAAAAAAACAAACAUAGAUAAAGCGAGUGUUUGUGUGCGUGUGUGUGUGGGUUCAAAUAAUUCAAAAAGUAUGUAUGAAUGAAAGGGAAAACACUAAAAACAAGUGCAUGGCUUUGAGUGUUUCCUAUAUACUGUUUUUUUUUUUAUUAUGAGUUGUUAUUGAGUGAUUAUUUUCUAUCUUUUGUUUUGUCUUCAUAUUCCCACUCUAUUUAGUGAAUAUGUUAAAAUUGUGUAAAUUGAGUGUUAUCGUAAUUCUGUUUUGGGCUUCAUAUUCGGUCGUCUCUGCGUCUACACUCAUUUAAUUUUGAGUGAAAACUCAUGCUCCCCCUCUUUUUAUUUCACUCGGAUCAAUAUUGUUUUUUUUUUUUGUGUGAGAAAUUUUCACAGUUGGAGCGAAAAAACCAGAGAAUUGCUUCACAUACUUUUCUGUCUCGUUGACGGGGCGAGACCGUCAUCGUUAAUUCGUCCAGAAAUUCUUCUUCGUGAUUUAAAAUUUAUAUUAUUUUCUCUCCCUCCUGAGUGCUUGCUUGUUUCUCUCAAUUUCAAUUGUGAAUUAAUGAGCUGUUUUAUUAUAUUUUCAAUCAAUUUAUUUUGGAAAAUUUAUCUGUUUUUAAAUGAUUUGUGUGUAUAAAUAAAGAAAUUCUCUCUAUACCAUCGUCGUCGUUGGUCAAAAGGCGACGAAAACCUAGAAAAAACACGUAAUUGUUUUAUUUUUAUUCCUCUUUUCUAUUUUUUUUUUAUUGUUCACAAUCACAAUAGAAUUUCCCAUUGAAGAAAAAAUAAAAAUAAACCACAAAAGUGAGAGUAAAAAAAAAAAUUAUAUUUUUUUUUCUGUUUGAAAGAAAAACCCCGCAGUGUCCCUUGCAAAUAAAAAAGUGAAAUAUCAGAUAGAGAUUUAUUGUGGUGCUCGGUAUAUAAGAGAAUCAUAAGGAUUCUUCGGUCCUUCGUCGUUGUCGUUUGUCCCUUCUGUGAAUGGAUCAUUUUUCCUCCUCUUGAACGAACAUCGUCGUCGUCGUCUUCGGCUUGGCUCUCAAACAAAAGAAAAAAGAGAAUAGAUACGAGAAAUUGUGGAAAAACCGAUUGCGAAUAAGUAUGUCAUCUGCAUCAAGCUUAUUAGGGAUAACACAAAUGUCAAAUUUAAUCAAAAUCGGAUAUGUGCUGUAGGAAACUUAAUUGUUUCAAGAUAACCCAACAACAAUAGAAAAACAAAAAACCAUAACCAACUUUGCUGGAGAAUCAACUUCCAUUAUUAUUCCUAAGGCUUUCACUGAUCAAACAGAAACAAACUCAUAUAUUUUCCGAACUUCAAUUGCGGUAUAACCAUCGCCAUUUCUCUCCUUGUUAAAAAGUGAGAGAAAACACCUUACCACAAAAUUGAAUAAUAAAAAAAAAAGUUUAAAUAGAAAAUAUAUCAGCGCCAUCAUAAAAUACCAAAACGAAAGAAAAAAACAAUCCAACAACAAAAGAAUCCUUUCAAGUAUCUAAAAAUUUCUCGAACAACAACAACGUCUACCCUACAACAGAAAAACAAACCACCAUCAACAAAAUGCUUAAUCCAAAUCAUCCCGGCUCGUCCAGACGUCCAUUCUCUAGGAAUGCACAAGCACGAAAUCAUCGCGGACGUAUGCUAUUCUCUCCACAUCCUCAUCAUUCUCAAAGGAAUAAUAAUCACAAUCAUGGUCAGUGGUAUAAGGAUAUGGAUCCUUGGAAUUCACUUGGCGAUGUACAAACAAACAGUAAUAAUAAUUUAAACAAUAACAGUAAUAAUAAUAAUGGAAGUUGUCCCAAUACCAAUAGCAAAGAAAAUCUAUUCCACACCAACCACUAUAACCACAACCAAAACCACCACAAUCACCACAACACCUCUCAUAAUUUCCACCACAACCACCACCAUUCAAAUCCUCUGUCACCCCACAAUUACCAUAAUCACAAUUCUUUACAAUAUCCCAAUCAUAAUCCAAAUCCUCCUCCGCCUUUAUCAUCGUCCUCAUCAUCAUCACCAUCAUCUAAUUCAUCGUCAUCAUCAUUGUUGUCUUUGUCUUCCUCACAAUCCUCGCCGCCAAAUUCCCCUCCUGCCAAUUAUCAUUAUCAUCACCAUCAUCAUCAUCAUAAUCAUUAUCAUCCUGCACAUUCACCAACAUCUAGUACAACCAUUAUAUCCCCGCUAACAAAUCUUUCAACAACAUCUACUACUACUACUUCUGCUACUACUACCGCUUCCAAACUGCCAACAAUAAAAAAUUCAACAACUACAACAACAUUGAAAAAAAUCCUUACCACCAAUCCACAACCAACACAAAAUUCCCCGCUGUUAACAAGUAGUGGUAGUGGCUUUAUUGGUAACACUACUGAUGUUGUGAAUGUAAAUUCUUGUACUGACUUAAUUCCAAUCAAUAAUCAUCAUGCGCCUUCAACACAAUUUCUCCAACAACAACAACAACAACAACAAUGCCGACAUGAAUUGCAUCAACAAUUUCAACAACAAUUUCACCAACAAUUGCAACAACACCAUCAAAAUCAACAACAACAACAACCGCUCUCACCUCAUAUUAAUAUUAAUAUAAAUCUAAACAAUACAAUAAAUGUUAUAACGAAUAAUGUUGUUGUUAAUCCAACAACUGCCACUUCAUCAACGAUGUUCAACAACAAUAAUAACAAUAACAACAACAAUUCCAAUAACAACAACAACAUUUUAAAUAUAAAUAAUAAUAAUUCACUUGUACCUGUUAGUAAUAGUAAUAAUCAAAGAUCUCAACAAAUGAUACUGAAUAGAGCGGCUGGACCAAGUCAUUCAAAUAGUAUCAAUAAUAACAACAACAACAAUAAUGGUAUGAACCAUUCAAACAACAACAACAACAAUAUGGGUGGUGGUGAUCAUAUUCCAGUUAAUCGUCGUGGCCAUAUGAUGAAUAGCAAUAUGCCACCAAUGAUGAUGCAAGUUGACCAUCAUCGUCGUCACAAUAGCAGUGGCGGCAGUGGAAAUGGUGGAAGUAAUAAUUUUAUGAAUAUCAAUCUUGGUAAUAAUGGAAACACCAACAGUAAUAAUAAUAAUAAUAACAACAACAAUGCUAGCAAUAAUAGCGGUAAUGCAACCAGCUCAGGGUUAUUUGAUAGACAUAAUAUGCAUUUUGAGAGCCAUGGAAAUUCGAGAAACUCGGAACUGCACAUUGAUACCAGAUCGAAUGGAAUGAUGGAUAGGAUGAGCAACAACAACAACAGUAGCAGAAUCAUCAGUCCACAGCAUCAACAGCAGCAACAACAAAAUUACCAUCAUAAUAAUAACAACAACAACAAUAAUCAAAAUAUUAAUAGCAAUAAUAGUAGUAAUAAUAAUUUGAAUAGCAAUAGUAACAACACCCAAACACCAAGUCCAUUGUACUGCCCAAUAAAUAACACCAACAACAACAACAAUAGUAGCAGCACUGGUAGCAGCAACAACAACAACAAUAAUGAUCAUCCUCAUUCAAGUGGUGCAGCAGGGACUUCAAGCGGAAGCAGCGGUAACAACAAUGGCAACGGCAACAACAACGGCAUCAAGUCUGAUAGCCCAUCCAGGAAGCGCAGGCGCAUUUCAGCACGCAUGCCAAGCCAGUCGCCACCCGCAAUGUGGGAGCAACGACGUUCGCCACGCGUCCAAACGCAUUCGCAACAGUUUUACCAUUCACAGCCCCAAAUGCAACAGCAGGGCAGUCCACCAAUACGUCGUCCACGGCUCCGUGAGAACCAGGUACAUCCACAUUCACAUGCCGCUUUGCAUCACCAUCCACAGCACCACCACCAGCAAUCGCAGCAGCAACAACGUUCCCCAUGGGAAUUGUUGCAACAAACACCACCACCGGCACAGCCUCACCAGGCACCACCCCCACCACCACCACUAAUCGUGGACAUAAAUCAAGUUCCUGUUAGUUUGCCACUAAGGCACGAUCCCAUUUGGGCAUAUUCGUCCGGUCAGCAUACAUCAAUUUGUGCCUAUCCAGCGCCACCGCGUCUGGCACCUUGUCAGGUGGUUCACAGUGUAUACUCGCAGCCGUUUGCUCAAACCUGCAAUCUAGGUAAUCAUCAGUUUGGUACGUUCCCCUCAAGUGCUCCACCGAUUGCAGUGCCACAACCGCAACCACCACCGCCACCAACACAACCUCAUCAGCCCAGCUUCCAUCCGGCCCAUAUCCCUCAACAGAGGCCCGAUAGCAUUUCUCUUGAGUCGCUUGACCAUCACGGACCUCAUGGGCCACAUGGUCCACACGGACCACAUCCUCAUGCCCAUGCCCAUCCACACCCACAUCCAGCUGGGGCCGCAUCCUCGAUUCACAUUACACCGAUUACUGCGGCUGCCGCACACCAUAUGCAUUCCACAGCACAGGUGGCUCAAUUGUCAGCGGCUCCGCAGCAGAUUUUCAUCUCUACUGAGCGUUUCCUGCAGAGCCAUCCCAAUCAAAUUGAACUGUUCCGUCAGGCCCGGCGUACAUUCCCAGCACAGCGUCGCUUCGCUAGAUUCCACUGGCCACCAGGUGCCCAUCCACAUCACGCACAUCGUCAUCAUGCUCUGCCCCAUCAGGCUCUCGGUGGCCAGCAUCCUACACCGGUGCAAAUUCAAGCUGGCAUAAUUAAUCCAGGAUUUUUACUCAAUUUCCUUGCCAUGUUCCCACUAUCACCAUAUGGACAGCACGAGCUUAGCUCACCCGAUUCCAACGAAACUGAAAAUUAUGAGGCCUUGCUGAGCUUAGCCGAGCGUUUGGGUGAUGCCAAGCCACGUGGGUUGGCAAGAACCGAAAUUGAUCAAUUGCCAAGCUAUAAAUUUAAUCCAGAAACACAUACAGGUGAUCAAACAUCGUGUGUAGUUUGCAUGUGCGAUUUUGAAGUGAGACAAAUUCUGCGAGUUUUGCCCUGCUCGCAUGAAUUCCACGCCAAGUGCGUCGAUAAGUGGCUAAGGUCAAAUCGCACAUGUCCCAUCUGCCGUGGCAAUGCAUCUGAUUACUUCGAAGCUCACGAACAGCACUAAAUAGCAAAUAAAAGAAAUAAACAACGAUCCCUAAAAAAUUUCAUAAAAUUUAAAAACAGGAAAAAAAAACUUAUUAAUUUGCUCCCUUGCUAUAGCUCACUGUUUUAACAAAAAUUAUAAAACAAAACAAAAAUCAAAUAAAAUAUUUAUGUAUAAUGUAAAAUUUCAAAAAAAAAAAAAAAACAAAAAAAAAAUGACUAAAGCCCUAUAACUAAUAUAGGGUAUGUAACUAAACUUAAGCCCUCCUCCGUGUGAUGCCAUGCUUAAAGAAAUCUUCACCAAAUACAAAGAAUAAAAACAAAUUAAAAUUAAAACUUUAUAAUUCUACCACAAGAAAAAAAAACAAAAAAUUAAGAUUGAACUCACUACAUAAAUGUGUAUGAUGUAUUUUAACACUGAUAGGUAUAUAUAUAUAUAUAUUCUUAUUCGUAUAAUGUUUUAGUAACUUUUAAUAAAUAUAUUUAGCAAGAAAAAAAAAUUAAAAAAAAAAACGUAACAACGCCUCUACAUAGUUUUUAUUUGUGAACAAAAAAAAAAGAAGAAUUAUAUACAUUUUAAAGAAAAAUCGAUGUAAAAUAUAUAUUUCAAAAAAAGAAAAUCUAUGCUACAUAAAAAAGUACAUAAACAACAAGGACAUAAAGAAUUUAGCACUAUUUUAAUAAUUUUACUAGAAGUUAUAACAACUAAAAGAAAAAAAUGUAUAUUAAAAAAAAAAGCAAUCUUUUAACAAAAAAAAAAAAAAAACAUAAAUCAAGAUGCAAAAAAUAUAUUAUAUUAUGUACAUGUAUCGUGAGAAAAUUUAAUUUACAACAAAAAAUGCCAAUUUACUAUAAAAAAUUAUUAAAGCAAAAAAAAAAUUAAAAAAUUAAUAAAAAAAAACUAUCGUCGUUGUCGUGUUGUGUGAAAAUAAGAUUUGACAAAAAAAAUAUCUUAUAAGUAAAAAAUAUAAAACUUUGUAUAGGUGUACAAUAUAUAAUAAAUAAAAAUAAAACCAUAUAUAUAUAUAUAUAUCUAGCCCGAGAAAGUAUGCAAUAACAAAUAGUCUGUAAAUUAGUAAACAAAAAAAAACUAAAUUCGUAAAAAAACAAGUAAAUGAAAUCUCGCCCCCUUCCUGCCCUCCGCGCACAUAAACUUAUAACUUUAACAAAACAAAAAAAAUUACACAAUUUUCAAAAUGAAACAAAAAACAAGAAAA